GAAGCAGUGUUGUGUUGUGUUGUAUGACCGGGACUGGAGAUUAGAACUCUGGACCAGUUAUGUGAACACACUUCGGCCACCAUCGCGUCAGCAGGCAGGGCGCUCCUAGAGGUGAAGUAACAGUUCUGCGCCUGAUACCUUAUGGAGCCUCGGAUGCGAUGUACAAGGUCGUAGUCCUGGGUGUAAAUAGAGCAACAUCGGGAGCAGAAAAGGGGACUGUGCAGUUGCUGGGCAGUAUUUGCCAUUUAUCCUUGACGAUAUUUUAAAUCGAAGCACAAACGGGGAUAUAGCUAAAUUAGCCUACCAGAUCAUCAGACCAAGAAAAACGCACACGAACUGCAAACAUAUAGCAUCCUCAAGAAUCAGUCAAGUGCAUCAGAAAAAUGUCGCUGUAUCCGUCGUUAGAGGACAUGAAGGUGGAUAAAGUCUUGCAGGCUCAGAGUGCUUAUGCAGCAAGCCCAUCAAAGCCAGCUGCACUACCAGAGGCAUCCAAUCUGAAUUCUGCUGAGGAGAGUAAUGGCCUGUACCCAAGACUGUACCCAGAGCUGACAGAGUUUAUGGGUCUGAAUCUGACAGAGGAUGCUCUGCAGCAGGCAUUUUCAGUGGUACCAGCAGACAGUUACUCUGGGCAAAUUGCAACAAGGUCCUCAGCUCUGAGUUACAUGACUGCCCCGAUCACAGGGAAUGACUGUGGAUUGCGCAGGGCUGAGAUAAAGCAGGGCGUCAGGGAGGUGAUCCUGUGCAAAGACAUGGAGGGCAAGAUCGGCCUGCGCUUGAAAUCUGUGGAUAAUGGAGUGUUUGUCCAGCUUGUGCAAGCGAACACAGCCGCCGCACUGGGGGGGCUGCGUUUUGGGGACCAGGUGCUCCAGGUCAACGGGGAGAACUGCGCAGGGUGGAGCACAGACAAAGCCCACAAGGUGCUGAAGAACGCGCCCGCUGAAAGGAUAGCAUUUGUGCUGCGGGAUAGGCCGUUCGAGCGCUCAAUCACCCUCCACAAAGACGCCAACGGACAGCUGGGCUUCAUUUUCAAAAAGGGGAAGAUAACGUUCAUCGUUAAGGACAGUUCUGCUGCCCGAAAUGGGCUUCUCACUGACCACCACAUUUGUGAAGUGAAUGGACAGAACGUUAUUGGGCUCAAGGAUCCUCAGAUUUCUGACAUUCUGAAUUCGGCUGGAAAUGUAAUUACAGUAACUAUCAUGCCCACAGUUAUCUUUGAACACAUGAUGAAAAAGAUGUCUUCGAGCAUUGUGAAGAGCUUAAUGGACCACUCCAUUCCUGAGGUAUAAAGGUCAAGUCAUGCGUCUGAGAGCUCCUGUUGGGUUUCCCUUAUUUCCCCCAUCGGGAUUCCACGAGUCCCUGCUUCACAACAGCUUCCUGCCUUUAGACAGCCCAAAACCCUGUCUGUACCCUGUAUUAAAAACAACUACUGCUGCAGCUAGUUUUUUUGUUGUUGUUGUUUUAAAUUGUUGCACAAGUAUGUGUGCUCAACCCAGGACUCAACAACACCUUUUUUUUUUCCAGCAGAGUAAUCUUCAAUCUUGCCGGUUUGAAAAAUCUCUUAAUAUUUUGUGCUGUCUGCAUAAAUGUCAGGAACGGACAUUUUAUGGGUGUUGUUUUACGCAGAGGUUCAUUUCAGUCCUAGACCUCUAAACAUUUAUGCCUUGAUUUUCAAUGUCUACAAUGUUGCCUUUUUGUUUAAUAAAACCCAUUUGUUGAGCAAGUCUAUAUUUAAUCUUGAUCACAUUUAGAGGGAUAAACUAUAUUAUUUGGUUGAAGUAUGUUCUGUUAAUUAUUGUAUUGUGCUCCAUAUAUCUUUGGGGAGUUUCCUCCCUACAGUCUCCUCUCCUCCAGCCUUCAGAUGCUGGGACAGUAACUCAUGUGAACUCUACCAAUGCACAUUGGUUGACUGCUCUGUGAUUGAAAUUUCUCUUUGAAAGCCAUUAAAAAAAAUCAGCUAUGAAA